UAUUUUGGCUGAGGAGGCGGAACCGUGGGCUUGCCUUGUUUCGCAAGUCCAUUAGCGGCGGACCGCCGAAGAACACAUAUCCUGACUGGAACUAAAUAAUGGGAAAGUUCGAUGACUGGGAAAUGUUGCGACGGCAAAUAUCCCGCAUCCAAACAGCCCCUUCCCUUUUAUGCAGGAUACAGCCCUCUUCUCUCCAGUCGCACUCGCAAAAACAGGCAGCUCUGUAUGGGAUGGAUUCCUCGAUCACUCCCGAAUAAUGAAACCCUAGAAAGCUCCAAAUUAUUACCUGCAUCGUACAUUUGAUCGUGAGCAGAAUAUAUAAUACUGGUUUUGGAUUGUUUCGACCUGUUGUCUUUGAUCGAACGUUUCAUUAAGAAAUCUUUUUAGUUCAUUCUUCUGUUUUGCUUCCGAAAUAGAAUGAUCUUCUCGAGGCUUGGCAGUUCGCUCUCACGAUCAUCUCGUGGAAGACUGCAGAGCGUGGUGUCUGGUGGCAAUGUUGCGAGAUCGGUAUACCUGAAUGAAGCGGUCCUUCUCUCGCCGCAUGUGGAUACGUAUCUGGGUCGGUUCGACGGGAAGUUAGGGUUUCUGAGAACCUAUCUGGCUUCAAUAAGAGCUCAGAAGGAGCUCGGUUCUAAAUUAUAUUUGUCGGAUUUGAAUUACGUUCUUGCGAACCCUAGAAUUCGUAGAUUUUUCUCAAGCGAAGCCCCUAAAAAGAAGAACUAUGAGAAUUUCUACCCAAAACAAAAGAAGGAAAUUCCAAAAGGGAAUGGGCAGAAAUCCGAGUCAAAAGCCAAAGAUGAAUCGAAUACGGAUGAUCAUGGAAAUUUUCAAGAGACUAUCAUGAAGCAGUUCCAAAAUUUAAUCACCCCUUUACUAGUGAUUGGGCUAUUCCUUUCAUCAUUUUCUUUUGGUUCUCGUGAACAACAACAGAUCAGCUUCCAAGAGUUCAAAAACAAGCUUCUGGAACCAGGUUUAGUCGAUCACAUAGUUGUUUCUAAUAAAUCAGUGGCUAAAGUGUAUGUAAGAAGCUCACCACGCACUCAGACAAGUGAUGAAGUUGUCCAAAGACCUGAUGGUACCCCUGCAAAAGGAAAUGCAAGCCAUUAUAAGUACUAUUUCAAUAUUGGAAGUGUCGAAUCAUUUGAGGAGAAGUUAGAAGAAGCCCAAGAAGCACUAGGCAUAGAUUCUCAUGAUUAUGUUCCUGUCACAUAUGUCUCAGAAAUGGUUUGGUACCAUGAAUUAAUGAGAUUUGCUCCAACACUCCUGCUCCUGGGAACCCUUUACUACAUGGGUCGGAGAAUGCAAGGCGGAUUAGGUGUUGGUGGUGGUGGGGGAAAGGGUGGCCGUGGAAUAUUUAACAUAGGUAAAGCCCAUGUUACUAAAGUGGAUAAGAAUUCCAAGAACAAGGUAUUUUUCAGAGAUGUUGCUGGAUGUGAUGAGGCAAAGCAGGAAAUUAUGGAGUUUGUGCAUUUCCUCAAGAACCCUAAGAAAUAUGAGGAUCUGGGAGCAAAAAUUCCUAAAGGCGCUCUUUUGGUGGGUCCCCCAGGCACAGGAAAGACCCUUCUUGCAAAAGCAACUGCAGGGGAGUCUGGUGUGCCUUUCCUGUCCAUAUCUGGUUCAGAUUUCAUGGAAAUGUUUGUUGGUGUUGGACCGUCCAGGGUCAGAAAUUUGUUUCAGGAAGCUAGGCAGUGUGCACCUAGUAUAAUAUUUAUUGAUGAGAUUGAUGCAAUUGGUCGAGCAAGGGGACGUGGGGGCUUUUCAGGUGCCAAUGAUGAGCGUGAAAGUACCCUUAAUCAGUUGCUUGUUGAAAUGGAUGGGUUUGGAACUACUUCUGGAGUUGUUGUGCUUGCUGGCACUAAUAGGCCUGAUAUUUUAGACAAGGCUCUAUUGAGGCCCGGUCGAUUUGAUCGCCAAAUUAGCAUUGAUAAACCUGAUAUUAAAGGCCGUGAUCAGAUAUUUCGAAUUUACUUGAAAAGGAUCAAACUUGAUCAUGAGCCAUCUUAUUACUCUCAGAGACUUGCAGCCCUCACCCCUGGAUUUGCUGGGGCAGACAUUGCAAAUGUUUGUAAUGAAGCUGCUUUAAUUGCAGCGAGGUCUGAGGGGACUCAGGUCAAGAUGGAACAUUUUGAGGCUGCUAUAGAUAGGAUAAUUGGUGGUCUGGAGAAGAAGAAUAAGGUGAUAAGCAAGCUGGAACGCCGGACUGUUGCUUACCAUGAAUCAGGCCAUGCUGUUUCUGGCUGGUUCUUGGAACAUGCAGAACCGUUGUUAAAAGUGACGAUAGUGCCUCGUGGUACAGCUGCUCUCGGGUUUGCCCAGUAUGUUCCUAAUGAAAAUCUUCUCAUGACCAAGGAGCAGCUUUUUGACAUGACAUGCAUGACUCUCGGCGGUCGAGCAUCUGAACAGGUUUUGCUAGGGAAAAUCUCAACGGGUGCCCAAAAUGACUUGGAGAAGGUGACCAAGAUGACAUACGCCCAAGUGGCAGUGUAUGGUUUCAGCGACAAGGUGGGUCUUCUCUCUUUCCCCCAGAGAGAAGAUUCCUUGGAGAUGACCAAACCCUACAGCAGCAAAACGGGGGCUAUAAUUGAUGGUGAAGUACGAGAAUGGGUGGGCAAGGCAUAUGAACGCACAGUCCAAUUGAUAGAGGAGCACAAAGAGCAAGUGGCACAGAUUGCGGAGCUGUUGCUUGAGAAGGAAGUUCUUCACCAAGAUGACUUGGUCCGAGUCUUGGGUGAGAGGCCAUUCAAGUCCAGCGAGCUCACAAACUAUGAUAGAUUCAAGCUAGGGUUUCAGGAAGAAAAUGAGAAGCAAGGGGCUACCCCAGAUGGCGGGGUUGUGGAGGAUGAUGGGUCGUCGCCCAUAGAACCAGAGGUUGUCCCUACUUGAAUACUUGGGGAGUACAUUGUUUGUAUUUUGUACAUGAGAUGAAUUGUUUUUAUUAUUAAUUUUUUAAUGUUUUCCUUCAGGACAUGCAAAUCUUGUAUAAUUGACAUUAUUUUUUAUAAGAAUUUCUAGAGCAUUAUAGAUUUAUGGAA